AUGGGUAGCAGAGGAAGGGACAGUGUUGAGGCCGUGUUCGACACAGGAGAGGUUGGGGGACCACUGGCUGGGAUCUUUCUGACAGAGGAUCCUCAGCCUGGCCUCAACCUCCUGGUUUGCCUUCUCCGUCUGGCCAUCAGUCUGGGGAUGAAAGCCAGAGGAGAGGCUAAUGGAGACCCCCAGGAGGUCACAAAAUUCUCUCUAGAACUUGGAGACAAACUGAGGUCCUCUGUCGGAAACAAUAUCUGUGGGCAGACUGUGCAGGGAAAAGUGGCCCAGACAGCUUGCAUGUCAGCUUGUAAGCAUCUGUCCACGUCACUGAUGCAGAUGCUGCUGGACACAGAACUUAAGCAGAUCAGUAUGGGGGCCAUUCAGCAAUUCAACUUAGAUGUUAUACAGUGUGAAUUGUUUGCCAGCUCAGAGCCAGUCCCUGGCUUCCAAGGAGACACACUCCAACUGGCAUUCAUUGACUUACGACAGCUCCUGGACCUGUUCAUGGUGUGGGACUGGUCUACUUACCUGGCAGACUAUGGCCAGCCAAACUCAAAGUACCUGAGAGUGAACCCAGCCACUGCUCUGGCUCUACUUGAGAAGUAA